CGCCGCAGCAGCACCAGCAGCAGCGCCGGGGCCGCGCUCCCGCUGCCCCGCCGCCGUCGGAGCGGGAGCGGAGGUGCCGCCGCCACCGGGGUCCCGUCACGGCCAUGGCCGGCCGCCCCCCGCCCAGGUCCCUGUUGGAAACCAAGCACUUUUCAUAUUUGAUCAAUAUGCUAGGCCUGAUCAAAGAUGCAGAGAGCAACUUUGAAUCUCAACUGAUGCAAGAAGUCCCAGAGCACCAAGGCAACAGCACAGACAGUUCGGGAAGCAGCUUGGGAAGCUCUGUCACAGCAUGUAAAAAGAUUCUCUGCAGUAACAGUCUGCUAGAAUCAACAGACUACUGGCUGCAGAAUCAGAGGACACCAUGCCAAAUUGGCUUUCUGGAAGACAAGUCAGAAAGCAACUGUGCCUCAGUUUGCUUUGUGAAUUUAGAUGCAAACAGAGAUGAUUGCAGCAAUGAGCAAGUGCAACAGAAAUUGAUCAGCGUCUCUCCAAAUCUCCCCAAACUCAUCAGUUCCAUGAAUGUACAACCACCCAAGGAAAAUGAAAUAGUCCUGCUGACUGGAUUAACAUCAGGAAACCUUCAAGCUGAUUAUGAAGUUCCCCAGUGUCCUUGGCUAGCAGAUGUCUGCUUGGUUCAGUGUGCAAGGGGGGACAGGAAGAACAGCGCAAGCUGCAUCAUCUUUGAAAUAAACAAGUUUCUGAUUGGGCUUGAGCUUGUUCAGGAGAGACAGCUGCAGAUAGAAGCUCAUGUCUCAAAGCCUGAGGAUGACACAAACUGCUCAGUGUCCUCAAUAGAAGAAGAUUUCCUCACAGCAUCUGAGCACCUCGAGGAGGAAAACGAGGCUGAUGAGUAUAAAACUGGCCAUGAAAAAAUAAGUGUUUCAGAAUCAUCUUCAGAUAUCAAAAAAAAUAAAGGAAAAGGAUUUGAAAAUCUCCACUACAGGAAAGCCAGGUUGCCAUUAAUUCUGGAAGGAAAUUCCAUUAAUAAAGAAAAUACAGCUACUAGAGUCUCUGAAGCUGUGAAUGCUGUGGCUGAAGAUGGCAUCUCACAACCUGAAGAUAAGCCACACCAGGAAAUCCCGUGGCAGAAGGAAUUAGUGGAAACAGCUACAUCAUCUGUCAGUACUAGUAAUUUGACUAGUGGGGUCGAACACUCCUGCUCAGUGAAUGUAUUAGAAGAUGUAUCUUUAACCAAAAUGGCUAAAGAGGAGCUGGGGCCUCUUCACAACCCAAUAGCAAAACACAUCAGUAAGGCAGACAUAGAGGAAUGUGCAGGUGGUAGGAAAAGUGAUCCCCCCUGGCAAAAUGAGCAAGCAUCUACAGGUCAGUAUGCCACAAAUUUAGCAGAAUCUGUUCUGCAAGAUGCAUUCAUCAGACUGUCACAGUCUCAAACCACUUUUAAUGAGGAGGCUGCGGUCAGCAUCUCUGUAGGGAGCUCCUGCAAGUCAGAAGAUGUGUCUGCUGCCCGAUCAUGGAAUGAACUUCCAAAGAUCGUCAUAGUGCAAAGUCCAGACAGCUGUGAGAAUGUGUCUGACUGGCCAGGGUCUGCCUUCCCAAACAUGUGCCACUGGACUGAAUCAGAAAGUUCUGCUGAAGUUUCAGAUUACUUCGAGGAAGAACAUUCAAAUGGGCAAAGCCAGAGCGCACUGGAGAUGGCCCUGGCAUGUGCAGCGACUGUCAUUGGAACCAUCUCAAGUCCCCAGGCUGCAGAAAAGUUCAGACAGGACCAAGAAACCACAGACUCCAAAAAUGGAGCAGUAGAUAAUGAAGAGACACAGACAGCAUCUUCACAGCUACUUGAGGAUUGUUCUGCUACAGAAUAUUCAUUUCCAUCUGCGCUGUGUGGCAUGACUCAGGUAGCAAGUGCUGUAGCAGUCUGUGGACUGGGGGAAGCAAAGGAAGAGAAGUACCCUGCAACUUCGAGUGGUCUGCUGUCUGCAGCUCAGACAUCUGCAGCCAUUACUCUUCAUUGCAGCAUAGCUAUAGGAAGCAGCAUGGAGAAGCUGAAUGAUAGCAUUGCAGAGGCACUUCUCAAAGAGGCAUCAACAAUUUUGACAAAACCCAAUACAUACAAAAACGUAGGGCAUUUUAUGGAAUCCAUAAAUGGAAGAAUUAUUGAAACAGCAGCAAGGCCACAGAUUCCACACUCUGAUGGAGUAAUCAGGGAUGAACUUGCACAAAACUUAUCUAAUAUUAUUCUACGUCAUUCUAUCGAAGAGGUAAGGAAGAAGAGACAGCUACAGCCCCGUUCAGAAAACAGCUCGAAUACACAAGACAUUUUCAUGGAGACUGCAAAUGAGUUGCUUUUUAAUGUGAUAUAUUUCACUUGCAAGAAGAUGAAUGACAUAAGACAAGUUGAAGAGUGUUCUCUGUUUUCUGACAGCCCAAAAGCCAAGAAAGUAACAAGAGUAGAAGGAUGGCCAACACAGGCAACCGCACAUGAAACAUCACAAAGACCCCUUGGUCAUUCUGCUGUUAAGCCAUUUGGUACAUGCUACAGUGCUAGCAAAGAACUUGGAAAUGGUACAGGCACUAGGAAAACUAACAUGAGAGAUGUAAAUAGCAAGGAAAGUGCCACGCUGAAUUCAGAACUAAGUAGAGCCACUGGGCAUAAUGGGCUUGUUGCAAAAACAUCUCCCAAGAAAAGAUACCUGAAAAGAACCACACGAGACUGUUACAAAUCCCCAAAUCAGGGUAACAAUCAGAAGAAGAAAGACUAUAGAUCGUUUUCAGACAGAGAAAACACCUUUGCAAACAAUGAAUGCAGGCAUGGCGUUCAAGAACAACAGUCUUCCAAUGCUGCUGUGAAUGCAGAUAACCAGGUGAAUCAUAAGUGUGAUGCUGUGCUAAACGAUGAAGUCCAAGUUAGCGUAUCUUUGUUAGGAAGCCAUGUCUUGCUUCCUUCUCAGCCUGUGCUCCAGGUGAAACAUUCAAGGGACAAAUAUUGUAUAACAGAUUUUGCAGAAGAAUUGGCAGAAACAGUGGUCUCUAUGGCAACCGAAAUAGCUGCCAUUUGUCUUGAAAACUCAAAUGGAAAGCAACCCUGGUUCUGUGCAUGGAAGAGAGGCAAUGAAUAUCUGGUGACCCAGAGUUUGUCAUGCAGAACCAUGAAGAGGAAAAAGGAAACCCAUGCUAAUAGCUCAGUUGUUCGGAAGCACAGGGCACCUAGACUCAGCGAGAUCAAAAGAAAGACAGAUGAGCAUCCUGAGCUAAAGGAAAAGUUGAUGAAUCGGGUAAUUGAUGAAUCUAUAAACCUUGAGGAUGCACCAGAUUCUGUCAACAUCUUUGCAAAUGAAGUGGCUGCAAAAAUCAUGAACCUCACUGAACUCUCCAUGGUUGACAGCAUCUGGCAAGGUCCAAACCAUCCCAGGAACAGGCUGCACUGUGACAGAUGGAGCCGAGCCAAGGCCUCAAGCUGUGAGAGCAUCCCAGAGGAGGAUGCAGAUUCCAAAGCCUCUGUCAAUACCUUAGGCCUAAUGAACACCUUUGGUCAAUCGGUGAGCCAGACAAGUUCUGUCUCAAAGCAGUCUAGCUGUGAAAGCAUUACAGAUGAAUUUUCAAGAUUUAUGGUGAACCAGAUGGAAAAUGAAGGAAGAGGCUUUGAUUUAUUACUGGAUUACUAUGCAGGAAAAAAUGCAAACAACAUCUUAACUUCUGCUUUGCAACAAGUAGCCAGAAAAAAUGGUCACCUUAACAUAAGACCAAGUUGCCCAUCCAAACAGUCCAGCACAGAAAGCAUAACAGAAGAAUUUUAUAGGUAUAUGCUAAGAGAAAUAGAAAAGGAAAACAAAGAUAACCUAUCUUCCCCUCGAAAUUCAAAGGACUGGUGUGGCAGUUUGCUACCGCCCUCUUUACGAUCACCUUUUUGCUUCAGACAAGCCUCAAUGCCUGACACCAGAUCAUCCAGCUCUAGACUAACAGUUAACAUCCCAGUCAAGGCAAAUUCAUUAGAUGGAUUCGCCCAGCAUCACCGGGAUUCCUUAAGCGUACAGCCAGUCAGUACUGUGGCUUCUUCAGGCCUUUGCAAGUCUGAUUCCUGCCUGUACCAAAGAUGCAAGACUGACCAGAUCACUGAUAUGUUGAUUCACGAGACAUGGGCGAGUUCUAUUGAAUCUCUAAUGCGCAAGAACAAAAUCAUAGCAGAUGAGGCAGAGGUUGCAGAGGCAGAUCACUUUCACAGUGAUUCCCCACCACAUGUGGAACAAUAUGCAAACAGACUGGCUGCAAAUAUUGUUGAAAGUGGUAAAAGUUUAAUAGUUGUCCAGCAGGAUUCCUUUGAUUCUACGAGCCAAGAUCAUAUGCUGGAAAGCAAAUAUCCCCAAAGCGCAACUCAGAUUCAAACAAAACCCAAAAGAGAUAGAAUAAAUUUGGAUGAGCAGAAAGAGAAGAUGAAGAACCCUGGAUGCCUCCCUGCAGGUCAGCACAGGGAAGUGCCUUUAAUUCAGAUAGAAACUGAUCAACGAGAUGAGGCAGAUAAAGACUCUGAGUGCUUAACUUCGCAUGACUCUUCUGGAAAGGAGCAUCAAAGCAAUGAAAAACCUCCAGAAGCUUAUGCUGGGAAGCACACGGUUUCCAGUUCCUUACUGAAUAGCAAGAAUGCUCAGAGCAGACUGGAUGCUGAAGUCCCAGGAGAGACAAAAACAGCUGAAGAAUUUCCAAACCAUCUCAGCAGCAGUGAGGAAAGCACUGGUAGCUGGUCCCAGCUGGCCAAUGAUGAGGACAAUCCAGAUGACACAAGUAGCUACUUACAACUCAGUGAACAAUCCCUCAGCAAUGGCAACAGCAGUACAACUAGCAGUCUUGGCAUUAUGGACCUGGAAAUUUAUCAGGAGAACAUGCCAUCUUCUCCUAUGAUUAAUGAAUUAGUAGAAGAAAAGGUUUUCCCUAAAGAACAGACAGAAAAUAUAGAGGAAAGUACUUCAGGGCUCUCAGUGGGAACAGCCAAUUGUCAGAAGGACCUCUUGGUGAUAAAUUUUGAUCUGGAACCAGAAUGCCCUGACGCAGAGCUUCGAGCCACCCUGCAGUGGAUAGCUGCUUCUGAACUUGGAAUCCCAACCAUCUAUUUUAAAAAAUCUCAGGAAAACAGAAUUGAAAAGUUUUUAGAUGUUGUGCAACUAGUUCAACGGAAGUCCUGGAAGGUUGGCGAUAUCUUUCAUGCUGUGGUGCAGUACUGCAAGCUCAGUGAGGAAGGCAGAGAGAUGACACCAAGCCUGUUUGAUUGGCUCCUUGAACUGGGUUAAGAAAGUUCACCUGUUCGGCAUUUUUGUUUUAAUCCAGUUUAAGUAAGCAGUGAUUUGUGUAACGCUCUGACUUUCAAACAUCACUGAGUACAAUGAACAAAGACAUACAAACUCUACAGAAACAGCACACGCCCGUUCCACAGCUGAGCACUGAGCAAAGUGAAACCAAGGCGUAUUGUAUCUUUCUGUAUCCUGAGGGACUCUUGACAUAUUGUGCUAUAGGAUGUACUGUACUAGGAGGGGAUGGAUUUUUAGCCUUCUGAAUUAAUGGACUACACAGUAAAGACUUAAAUCUCCGAUAAGAUCCAUUUUCAUCAAUUUGAUUAAAUCAAUCAGCUGAAAUGCGACAGUAUGCUAACAUUCAGUUCUAAAAACAACACUAAUGUUUGUACAGUUUACCUAUUAGAACCUGAGCGUGUUCCAGGAUGCACAGAGAAACC